AUGGAGGAGCUGCUGAAAAGUAAAGUUGAGGAGUUUAAAAAAGAGUACUUCUACAGACACAGGUGUGCAGAGGAGAACAGACAGCGAGAGACCGAGGCCGCCAUCCGAAUACAGAGCUGGUUCCGAGGCAGCAGGGUGCGAGCCUACCUCAGCCAUCUGCACAAAAAGACAAUCAUUAUACAGAAGAUAUGGCGGGGCUUCACAGCAAGGGCACGUGUCAGACAAAUGGUGAAGGCAGCAUAUUUUAUCAUGAAGAUGAAUUUCUACAACGAGAUGGCAGUCAGGAUUCAGAAGCGGUGGAGAGGUUUCUUUGUGAGGAAAUAUAUCCAUAACUUCUAUGCACGCAAAAGCUAUUUUGAGGGACUUCUGACAAAUGGACUUACAAGGAAGGACCUUGAUGAGUUUGAGGAAUUCCAGAAAAGAGAGAUAGAAUCUCUAGAGAUGGCAAAACAACAGAGAGCAAAAGUCUACCAGGCGCAACGGUCACACUAUCUUCUGAGUACAAUACAGUGCCCAGGGGUGUUCAACUCUCCUUUCAGGUCGGCCCCUCAUGAAAUGGAACUACUUUUGAGGCAGGUCAAGUCCCAGGCCCCCAGCAAACUACCCUCGCGGAGUGGGGCUUCUAUCUUGGGCAUUUCUGAUCCAGCAACUUCCAGUCUCUCAGGGACUAUUAAAUCCCAAAGGAUCAAAUUUGCUGCAACUCAUAAGUCUAGACCCGUCCUGCCUCCCAUUGCCAGCAAAAAAAACGCAGGUGAUGAUGAAUGA